AUGAAGCUCCCUCUCAAAACCCUUCUAUUCCUCGGAUUUGCCUCCGUUGCGCUGGGUGUUCAACUCCCGGCCCCAGGCGCCACCGAAGAAGAAUGUGGACGUCUGGGAAUCAUGUAUUAUGAUCCCGAGGAUCUCCCUGAAGGAGUCACUCCUGAAGAUGUCCGCCACUGCGCGGCUCAUCCUCUGAGUGCCCAGAACUACUGGGGCUGGGGCGAUUACUUGCCCAGAUGGUUUCCUUAG